AGACAGGCACCCUCACUAUCUGCUGUCACUGAAGAGCUGCUGCCUCCCCGUCUGACACUGACACGAAGGGCUCUUCCCUCACUAUCUGCUGUCACUGAAGAGCUGCUGCCUCCCCGUCUGACACUGACACGAAGGGCUCUUCCCUCACUAUCUGCUGUCACUGAAGAGCUGCUGCCUCCCCGUCUGACACUGACACGAAGGGCUCUUCCCUCACUAUCUGCUGUCACUGAAGAGCUGCUGCCUCCCCGUCUGACACUGACACGAAGGGCUCUUCCCUCACUAUCUGCUGUCACUGAAGAGCUGCUGCCUCCCCGUCUGACACUGACACGAAGGGCUCUUCCCUCACUAUCUGCUGUCACUGAAGAGCUGCUGCCUCCCCGUCUGACACUGACACGAAGGGCUCUUCCCUCACUAUCUGCUGUCACUGAAGAGCUGCUGCCUCCCCGUCUGACACUGACACGAAGGGCUCUUCCCUCACUAUCUGCUGUCACUGAAGAGCUGCUGCCUCCCCGUCUGACACUGACACGAAGGGCUCUUCCCUCACUAUCUGCUGUCACUGAAGAGCUGCUGCCUCCCCGUCUGACACUGACACGAAGGGCUCUUCCCUCACUAUCUGCUGUCACUGAAGAGCUGCUGCCUCCCCGUCUGACACUGACACGAAGGGCUCUUCCCUCACUAUCUGCUGUCACUGAAGAGCUGCUGCCUCCCCGUCUGACACUGACACGAAGGGCUCUUCCCUCACUAUCUGCUGUCACUGAAGAGCUGCUGCCUCCCCGUCUGACACUGACACGAAGGGCUCUUCCCUCACUAUCUGCUGUCACUGAAGAGCUGCUGCCUCCCCGUCUGACACUGACACGAAGGGCUCUUCCCUCACUAUCUGCUGUCACUGAAGAGCUGCUGCCUCCCCGUCUGACACUGACACGAAGGGCUCUUCCCUCACUAUCUGCUGUCACUGAAGAGCUGCUGCCUCCCCGUCUGACACUGACACGAAGGGCUCUUCCCUCACUAUCUGCUGUCACUGAAGAGCACAAAAGCAGGGCUCCUCCAGCCAGCACACUCAAGUGACAACAGAUUCUUUUGUUUUUUUCGGGACAGGGUCUCACUAAUCAUGCUGCCCUAGCUGGCCAAGAUCCACCUGCCUCUACCUUCUGAGUUCUGGGGUUAAAGGUGCACAUCACCAUGCCUGGCCAUGGACAGAUUCUUGUGAAAGUAACAACAAAGACUGGCAGUCUCUGGAACCAAAAGGUCCAGGAGAGAGGGUCUGGGCAUGAAGUGACCUGGUUUUUCUCUACUCUGUCCCUCAAUACAUGGACAUGACCCAAAGACAAUACUUCGACCUUGCUUGGCCUCAGAUUUUUCUUUUAUACAACAGGGAAGCCUUGAGUAGAGGUACCUUCCAUUACUAAAGUUUGGAGCCAAUAAUAAUAAUGUCCAAAGGCAUACAGCAGUAUACAUUCUUUUCUAAUAAUUAAUCCUUUGUAAGGGACCUGAAAAGGAAGAAUUACAUCAAAUUAUAACAUGUGGGGCUCAGAUCCUGGAUUUGAGCCUCAGCACUGAAAAAAAUAAUACACAUAUACAAAAAAAGUACUUUCCAUAUUUCGACCUGACUAUAUACUAACAAAGGACCAGAAAUACUUACACGGACCAAGGCAAUAAUUGGGGUUCACAAUAAU